AUGAUGACAACUGUAUACCCCAAUAACCAACCAAAUGCCCCACCCCCACCAUAUGACAGUGCUUACCCUCCACAACCCCCUCCUGGUUACUAUGGGGCACCACCUCCUCAGCCUGGCUACCCUCAACCUGGCUACCCUCAGCCUCAACAAAGCUACCCUCCACCACCUCCUCCUCAAGGCUACAGUGGUUAUGGUCAACAGUACCCGCCUCCUGGAGGCCACCCACAACACCAGUAUGGUGGCUAUGCCAAUCCAGGAGUGUAUCAGCAGCAGCCACAUGCUCAACAAGUAGUGUAUGUGAAAGAAAGACGCAGGGCCCGAGACACUUCUGCGGAGACAUGUUGUAUCAUUGCUUUAUGCAGUGCCUUGUUGUGUUGUUGUUUAUGUGAUUAG